AUGAACAGACAAGCCUGCAAGAAGUCCUUCAGUUGUGGGAGUCAGGGCUUCUCUGGACGCUCCUCUGUGGUCUCUGGAGGCAGCAGGAUGAGCUGUGUGGCCCGAACUAGGGUGUCUGGUGGAGGGGCCUCUGGGUUCCGGAGUGGAGCAGGAGGUUUUGGCAGUCACAGCCUCUAUAACCUGGGUGGCAACAAGAGCAUCUCUAUCAGUGUGGCAGCUGGUGGCUCCAGGGCUGGUAGCUUUGGUGGAGGGCACAGCAGCUGUAGCAGUGGCUUUGGGAGUGGCUUUGGUGGUAACAGGGGAAUGGGAAAUGGCUUUGGUGGAGCAGGUGGCUUUGGAGGUGCUGGUGGUUUUAGUGGUCUUGGUGGUUUUGGGGGGCCUGGUGGUUUUGGCCCUGGUUGCUUCUCUGGGGGAAUCCAGGAAGUGACUGUCAACCAGAGCCUCCUUCAGCCCCUCAAUGUGGAGAUUGACCCACAAAUUGGGCAAGUAAAGGCCCAGGAGUGGGAGCAGAUCAAGACUCUGAACAACAAGUUUGCUUCCUUCAUCGACAAGGUGCGCUUCCUGGAACAGCAGAACAAGGUUCUGGAGACCAAGUGGGCGCUGCUCCAGCAGCAGACUGCAGGCUCUGGCUCUGCCCCCCGCAGCCUGGAACCUUUCUUUGACUCUUACAUCAGCUUCCUGCACAAGCAGCUAGACUCUCUUCUGGAGGACAGAGGGAAUCUGGAGGGAGAGCUCAAGAACACGCAGGACCUGGUGGAAGACUUCAAAAAGAAGUAUGAAGAUGAGGUCAACAAGCGCACUGCAGCAGAGAACAAGUUUGUGGGGCUCAAGAAGGAUGUGGAUGCCACUUACAUGACCAAGGUGGAGCUGCAAGCUAAAGUGGACAGCCUGGCAGAUGAAGUCAACUUCCUGAGGACCCUCUAUGACAUGGAGCUGUCCCAGAUGCAAAGAGAUGUCAGUGACACGUCUGUUGUGUUGUCCAUGGACAACAACCGAGACCUGGACCUGGACAGCAUCAUUGCUGAGGUCCGUGUCCAGUAUGAGGAGAUUGCUCAGAGAAGCAAGGCUGAGGCUGAGGCACUGUACCAGACUAAGCUUGGAGAGUUGCAAACCACAGCCGGCAGACAUGGUGAUGACCUGAAGAGCACCAGGAGUGAGAUCAUGGAGCUCAACAGGAUGAUUCAGAGGCUGCAGGCAGAGAUUGAGAAUGUCAAGAAGCAGAAUGCCAACCUGCAGUCAUCCAUUGAAGAAGCAGAGCAGCGUGGGGAGACGGCCCUCAACGAUGCCAAUGCCAAGCUCCAAGACUUGAAGGCUGCACUACAGCAGGCCAAGGAUGGUCUGGCCCGGUUGUUACGUGACUAUCAGGAGCUGAUGAACAUCAAGCUGGCCCUGGACGUGGAGAUCGCCACCUACCGCAAGCUGCUGGAGGGCGAGGAGUGCAGGAUGUCUGGAGAGUGUCAGAAUGCGGUGAGCAUUUCUUUGGUAAACAAUGUCACCUGCACGAGCAGUAGCUCUGGCAGCAGCCAUGGAGGCUUCAGAGGCAUCAAUGGCAAUAGCAGCAAUGGCAGCAGCGGUGGCUCCAGAGGCAGCAGCAAUGGAGAAGGCAGCAGUGGCAGUGGUAGUGUGGGCAGGGGCAACAACAGAGGCUACCAGAGCCCCAGCAGUGGGAGCAGACUUGGCAGUGGAGGCAACAGCUCUGUGAGCCAGAGUGGAACAGGCUUCAGUGCUGAUGUCACUCAGAACUCAGUAGGUAGUGGCUACAAGUCUGGCAAGGCAGGCAGCAUCAGCGUCCACUUCUCUAAGACCACCAGCUCCAGCCAGCAACGCUCCAAGUGA